GGAAAUAAAAACAAAGACAUAGCAGACCUGCAGUUUUAGGCCUACCUAUUUGAAAUUAUAUACAAGUUAAUUAAUUCGUAAUCUUGUUGAAAUAAACAGCGACCUUUGUUUACUAAUUGAUAUAACUAUUAUUAACUAUAUAUAUGUGCUAAUAAUUCUUGCUUUGAAAUGAUUAUAUGGGUCACGGAUCGUGUUGCGCAGUUUUUUCCCCUUUCACUAGACACGCUUAUGUACACACCCACACACUCUUUACACACACAUACACACCCACGCGGUCAGGCUCAAAGCUCAAGAGAGGGGAUACGGACCACUCACUGUCUGUCUGUGCGCGCGGGGAGAGUGCGACUCACUGAAAAAGACGACGUCUGUCUGGCCGCCUCGCGUCAGAAUUGCACGCUCGGCUGUGCAUAUGUGUGCGCGUAUGCGUGUUUGCCAUCGAUUGCAAGAUAUGAGAGACGUGGUACUCACGCACAACACCAGUGCGGUUCUGAGCUUGCAGUGGAACUGAGUCUUCUCCGCGAACUUAAGUUAUUUUCUGCACCGUUGUAUUGGGGACUAGUAUACUCACGGUCCGGACUUCACCGCGUGGCUCACGGCGCGAUUAUCGGUGUGGGAUUUACCUCUUCACCAGGAAACAGCGCCCACGAGACGAGUCAAACACCCGCAGUGUUUCAACAACUUGUGAGGCCUUCUCCGUAAUUACUAUAAUGGACUCCCACUGCCGCAAGCUUGCGUCAACGUGUGCGCAACUAGAAAAAGAAAAGGGUCAGAGUAAAAAUGACGAUUCCUCCGACGACCCGAAGAAGAAGCGGCAGCGACGACAGCGCACGCACUUCACCAGCCAGCAGCUGCAGGAGCUCGAGGCCACCUUCCAGCGGAAUCGCUACCCGGACAUGUCCACACGGGAGGAGAUAGCUGUCUGGACUAAUCUUACGGAGGCCAGAGUGCGGGUGUGGUUCAAGAAUCGCAGAGCGAAGUGGAGGAAACGGGAGAGGAAUCAACAGGCUGAGCUUUGCAAGAACGGCUUCGGCCCUCAGUUCAACGGACUCAUGCAGCCCUACGACGACAUGUACCCAGGCUACACGUACAACAAUUGGGCUGCUAAGGGCCUAACGUCCGCUUCCCUGUCCACCAAAAGCUUCCCUUUCUUCAAUUCCAUGAAUGUCAAUCCCCUCUCCUCGCAGACCAUGUUCUCCCCACCAAACUCCAUCUCCUCCAUGAGUAUGUCAUCCAGCAUGGUCCCUUCCGGGGUGACUGGCGUGCCGGGAUCCAGUCUCAACAGCCUCAACAACUUGAACAACCUUAGCAAUCCCUCCCUGAAUUCGGGCGUCCCCACGCCGACGUGUCCUUACGCUCCGCCGACGCCUCCCUACGUGUAUCGGGACACUUGCAACUCCAGCCUGGCCAGCCUGAGACUGAAGGCAAAGCAGCAUUCGAGUUUUGGAUAUGCCAGCGUUCAAAAUCCGGGCUCCAAUCUCAGUGCCUGCCAGUACGCUGUGGAUAGACCAGUCUAACAACCGGUGACUUCACAAGCCCAGAAUCACAGGAAGGAGGGACUACUUUUUCAUUUUCAUUCAACAAAAGGAGCACUAAAAGACAAAACCACUAAAGCAAGCGAUAUCCCUACGGAAUUUCAAACUUUGUCGGAAGUAAUUAAUUAGCCAUUUUCUAAUAAGUAUUUUUUUUUUGUCCCACACCGGCGUGUGCAGAAUUUAGGAUACUUUAUUUUAUAAAGUUGUUCCUUUUGACAUUUCGGAUUUGGGACAUUGAUUGACUGAACGGCUGUAUAUAAUAUAUAUCUAAUUAUCAUCUCCAGUUUGUAGAAGAGAAUGCUCUAGCUCUCCAUACCUUUCAAGAUUCAAUUUAACACCGCAUGUGAGAAAAAAAAAAAAAAACCCUAAAAAGGAAUAAUGUUUUGCUUGCAAACAAGGGAAUGUACAUACUAAACGCACCUCUCGUGUGUUCCUAACAUAUUACAAAUUUAUUAUUAAAUGUCUGUGUGAAUAUGGAUUUAGAUUAGAAAACUUGGGUAAUAAGACGCAAAUGUUGCUGAAAAUGGUUUUGCUCUGUGUAUUAUAUUUGGUACCGAAUUUUGUUUCGUUUUUUUCAACAUCCCAAAAAUAAUAAACUAUUGUGUUUUAUUUAAUGGAAGUAAAUAUAUUGUUCUAAACUGUUUUACAAGUUUGCUUGACGGUUUUUGUGGCGAUAGAACAGGCAUCUAUGGCAAUAUUUACGUGGGCAGUCAGCUUUAGCCGGAGAAGGUUGUGUGGUGCUGUUCGAUUGCGAGCCUAUACGGUGACUCUAAUCUAUUAGGAAAACAAUGAACCCCUUCAAUACACAUAGGCCAGACUCAAGAUGCACACGCCGAGGAGGGCGAGACGUCCCGCGCAGAUUAGCCACGGAAUAUACAUGUCUGAUUGAGCGAGGACCCCGAGUGAUCAGCGAGGCUUGAAAUAACACUGGAAUAAGCAUAAGCAGCUCGGGCCACACAUGGGUGAACACACGAGGCCCGAGCAGGUUUAACCGGAGAGUGUAAGGAGCACAGGGAACAAAGGUCUUGGUAAAGGAGACGGAUAGAAAAAAAGAUAUAUAUUCCAACAAUUUCUAUCUCCUAGAUCUUCUCUACUAGAUUUAAUUUUCAAGUCGAGCCAAGUGUGUAACUGUUGAGGGAUGUCAUAAUGUACUCAUAAUAGGACUUUAAUAAGCCAUUAGUGUGUUGGCGAUGGGUAUGUUUACGCAUGGAAUUACUGGCGCUUA